AUGUCUACGUCGUUACUAUUCUGCAAGUCACAAGUGUUGGUUCGGCUGUCUGGUAGCAGCAAGGACCAGAAAUCGGGGGUCCUAUUGAUCAGCAAGGAUGAACAACAGGUAGCGCACGAUGCGAUGGUGGCGUGGAUCGCGGUGGAUGAGAUGAGCGCGCAGGAAGCUGAGCAGCUGCUCAAGGGAGAGAUGAAGCUGGCCCAGGACAGCCAGGCGCGGGUGAAGAUUCCCAAGGAGGUAGUGGUGCAGGCGAUGUACGGGACGUGGUCGUUUGCCGUGAAACUGGGUUACAUCCGGUCGAUCCAAAUGAUGCCGCCGGACCCUAACGGAUGGUACCAAGGCUCACUGAGCAUCAGUAGCAGGAACCAGAACGAAGAGAUUCCGGUGCUGUUUCUGGCGGACGACAAGUGUCCGUCGACGCGGGAGCGGAGCCGUCAGCUGAUCGACACGUUCCAGCCGUUCCAGUCUGCGACGGGCGUGUACUGGGGCGGGGUGGACUUCAAGGCUGCGGUUGAGCGUCUUGCACAACUGACGGUAGCCCCGCUGGACCAAACUGUGUUUUUGUUGAAUGCAACAGAGGAGGACCUGCGGCAGUACACGGGGCGACCCGCAGGCUCUGGUGUGGGAUCAGACGGCACUGCGCCAGUAGGGGAUAUUAUCAAUGGGUGGACUUGGAGCGCGCUGGCGUCGCUUGCGUCUGCAACGACGAAGGCAACCAGCUUUGUCGAGGGCCUGGUGCGGAAGCACCCGUUGGUACAGCUUGCCGAGCGCAACAGCUCUAAUCCAUACGUCCGGCAGAUGCUGGAGAACCCGCGAGUGCAGGAAGUACAGCGGGAGUAUGACUCAGCUAAGAUAUACCUGGCACGUUGGUCUUUGGGUGUGAAGGAACAGGCAGAGAAAUACCGCAAGAGCAACGAGCAUUACCGGCGCCUACUUGCGAAGGAAUUCAACAGCGAUGGCGACAUUGAGAUUUCCGAGGACGAGCUCAACACCGCGAUGGAACGGACACAUCCGCUGUCCAAAGCCGAGUGGGACUCCCUGUUUGAUGGGAUGGGCCGGCUCAGUCUGAGUGCACAGGAGAUUAAAGAGCGCAUCUUCCACGGAGGCAUUAAGGAUAACCAACUACGUCGACGCGUCUGGCCCUUCCUACUAGGCGUCUUCCCUUGGGACUCUACACAGGUGGACCGCGAGAGGAUUGAGCGAGAUUUGCGGGAGAAGUACGAAAAAGAAUACAAGAACAGAUGGCUGUCGCGGGAAACCUCUCCGAAUCAAGAGGAAGAGGCCUACUGGCAGGAUCAACUGUGCCGUAUCGAGAAGGAUGUCAAAAGGAACGAUAGACAUUUGGCUCUGUACAAGUAUAACACACCGGAUGCCAAGCCUCCUGCUCAGGCCUCCCAGGAAUCAGACAGUCAGUGUAAUGAGCAAUCCGUUACCGAAGAAUCUGGAGAGAACGACGACUGGGAAAUCAAGAACCCACACCUACUCAUUUUGCGAAACAUCCUAAUAAGCUAUAACCUACACAAUGACAAUUUGGGCUACGUUCAAGGUAUGACCGAUCUAUUAUCUCCACUAUAUGCUAUCUUGGAAGAUGAAGCCAUGUCAUUCUGGUGCUUCGUAAUGUUCAUGGACAGAAUGGAGCGCAACUUUUUGAGAGAUCAGUCAGGUAUACGCGAUCAGAUGUUGACCCUUUCAGAGCUGUGUCAGUACAUGCUUCCAAAAUUUAGUGCCCAUCUGCAGCAAUGUGAGUCGUCCAAUUUUUUCUUUUGUUUCCGGAUGUUGCUGGUGUGGUUCAAGCGCGAGUUUGAGUUUGCUGAUAUCUGCACUAUUUGGGAAAUUCUCUGGACUGAUUACUACAGUUCACAGUUCCAGCUUUUCUUCCUGCUUGCUAUCCUGCAGAAAAAUAGCCGCCCAGUCAUGGCACAUCUCACUCAAUUUGAUGAAAUUUUGAAAUAUUUUAACGACCUCAAGUGUGUCAUGGACUGUAAUGACUUAUUAAUUCGUGCUGAGCUUCUUUUUGUUCACUUUAAGAGAUCCAUCGAUAUGUUUGAACGAACAACGUCACACAUUCCACCUUCGAACAACUCAACAGCUACGGGCUUCAGAAGGCGUCCAUCGGUCGAGAGGGAUGCUUCUGCCGAUGUGAUAAGCGAUAGCCUCAGAGCUGUUCUGUCUACUAGGCUAAUAAUUAAGAGGGAAUCGGAACGGACCAAGGACUCUAUCAAAUAG